CACUAACCAAAAGAAAAACUGUUACUGUAAAUGAGAAACUGAUCCUGCCUUAUAGCCUCAAUGAGGCUGUCACUGCCCGUGAUUCAAUGGCAAAAUCUCUGUACAGCGCCUUAUUUGACUGGAUAGUCCUUCGAAUAAACCAUGCUUUGCUCAACAAAAAAGACGUGGAGGAGUCUGUCAGUUGCCUAUCAAUUGGGGUCCUUGAUAUUUUUGGGUUUGAAGAUUUUGAAAACAACAGCUUUGAACAGUUCUGCAUUAAUUAUGCCAAUGAACAGCUCCAGUAUUACUUCAACCAGCACAUCUUCAAGUUAGAACAGGAGGAAUACCAAGGUGAAGGAAUUAGCUGGCACAAUAUUGAUUAUACA